AUGCAUUUGGCUCAUGGCCUUGUGAUUUCUUUGCUGGCCGUAAUUGGUCUAGCCUUGCCUAGCAAUGAACAUGGAAACAUGGCACGUAGCACAAAGUAUGCUGUUAAACAGCCUCCUUUGACAACCCCAUGGACCGACAAAGUUGGCACCAAGCCUUGGCCUGAAUACCCGCGCCCGCUGCUCCAGCGCUCCAAUUGGAAAAACCUCAACGGCGUGUGGAAGUAUCAGAAUGCCCCUGACCUCAAUGCUGUCAAGUCUCCGCCUUUUGGACAGGAACUUGCACAGGAGGUGUUGAUUCCUUCUUGCUUGGAAAGUGGACUUUCCGGAAUCCAAACAAACUGGGCUUUGUACUCGUGGUUCUCGACGUCUUUCGAGGUGUCUUCCUCCUGGAAGGGCGAGAAAGUCCUUCUAAACUUCGGGGCUGUGGACUAUGAAGCCACGAUUUUUGUCAAUGGCAAACAGGUGGGCUUCCACCGUGGUGGUUAUUUCCGAUUUGAGUUGGAUGUGACGCAGUAUUUGAAAUUUGAUCAGCAGAAUGAACUGCUUGUUUUCGUCCACGAUCCCACAGAUGAUGGCAGCUAUGUUAUUCCCAUUGGAAAGCAAACCCUGCGCCCGAGUCACAUCUUUUACACGCCCUGCAGUGGUAUCUGGCAGAGUGUUUGGCUCGAGGCUGCUCCGACCAACUAUAUCGCCCAGUUGGAUCUCGAUGCAAACAUGGAUGGCCAAGUAAACAUCACUGUUCACAGUGCCAAUACGACAUCUACCAAAGCUGAGGUCACCGUCCACAAGGAUGGAAAGACGAUUGCAACUCAUAAUGGCCCGACCAAUGAGCCAUUCCAGUUCACUGUUCCCUCGCCAAAGCUCUGGUCUCCCGAAUCGCCUAAUUUAUACAAUGUCACCGUCAAAUUAGGCAAAGAUAUAGUGGAGAGUUACGUUGGCUUCCGUACAAUUUCCAGAGGCGUGGUUGACGGCAUCGAGCGGCCUUUGCUCAAUGGAGAAUUUAUCUUCAUGUUUGGUACGUUGGACCAAGGCUUCUGGCCCGACGGAAUAUACACGCCCCCGAAUCACGAGGCAAUGGUGUACGAUUUGAAGAUGCUGAAGAAUUUGGGUUUCAACAUGGUCCGCAAGCACAUCAAGGUGGAGACCGAUCUCUUCUAUCAAGCAUGUGAUGAGCUAGGUCUGCUUGUGAUCCAAGACAUGCCUUCCAUGCGCCCCCUGCAGAACAUUCUUCCAGACGCCACUCAACAAGCGGAGUUUGCUCGACAAUUGGACUUGUUAGUCAAUCAGUUCAAGAGUUACCCCAGUAUUGCGGCUUGGGUGAUUUACAAUGAAGGCUGGGGCCAGAUCACAAACUACUACCCUGAGUUUGAACUGACCGACAGGGUUAGACAACUUGACCCCACUCGGCUUGUGGACUCUACAACCGGAUGGAUUGACCAUGGAGCGGGUGACUUUAGUGAUAAUCAUCACUACGCAAACCCACAGUGUGGCACGCCCUUCUACUCCACAGCUUCCAGUCCAUAUGACCCUGGUCGGAUCGGCUUCCAGGGUGAAUUCGGUGGUAUCGGAAACAACGUCUCCAUUGAGCACCUCUGGAACAGCCAAGCCGCCAUCAACACUAUCAACCAGACCUAUGAGAUCGAUACAACCAUCGAGGCGUGGAACUAUCGUAGCCACCUUCUGCUCAGCGAGCUGGAGGAACAGAUCCGGUUGUUUGCGUGUAGUGGAGGUGUGUGGACCCAGACCACCGAUGUCGAGGGCGAGGUCAAUGGUCUGAUCACCUACGAUCGACGCGUGUCGAGAGUGGACGAGAAGCAGUGGAAGGCGGAUAUCAAGGCCCUUUACGAUGCUGCCGCCGCGCGGAGCAGCAAUACGACGGAACGCUGA